ACACUGCCCGCCACUGCUGCAGACAUACAGCUAGCCGUUAGCUCAUGUGUGGGACGGUGGUCUGUCCUCAGCCCCCCUGAAACCGCAACGCUGUCCGGUUACUUUUAAAAACUGGACCCAAACCGGAGUCCAGGAUGUGCUCGGUGGUCGGGUGUGAGUCGGGGAGUCGCGGGGUGCAGCGGUUCAAGUUACCGGAGGACCCCGAGAGGAGACUGGAGUGGGUCCAGUUCCUGUUCGAUGUGAACGGACAGCGGCUCAGAGAAUCGUCCUGGACUGAUAUCACCAUCUGCUGUGAACACUUCACUGCUGACUGCUUUGUGCAGCAGACUGGCACGGCCCGGUUGAAGCCAGGUGUUGUCCCGUCCCUGUGUGUAAAGUCAGAGCCAGAGGAGAGUCCACAUGUGGAGCCUGUGGAAACCACACAUGUUUCUUUUAAGUGUGAAAACCUUAACACAUGCAACAGUCCGACUUCCUCCUCUGAAAAAUCAAAACAUAUUGUAAGAGGUGUCAAAACAAGUCCUGAGUCCAGCGGUGUCUUAGUGUCACCUGAUGUUUCAAAUGCUGUGGCCUCAGGAUCUGACCAAAUACAAGAAAGAGUCAUUAAUAAUUUAAACCAGGAAAAAGCCACGCUUCUACAGAUGAAAGGAAAGUUUGUUGUUAAUGAAAGCUGCCUCCUCCAGUUGUUCCGCCGCAAGUGUCCGUCAUGUGACUGUAAACUUCAGAUGGAGAAGGUCACCUAUGGGGUGCUCAUUAUCUUGAACCAACAGUGCCUUCAGUGUGAGUACAGAUAUCAAUGGAAAAGCCAAGUCAACGCCAGCGUCCCAACAGCUGAAGAUCAACACCUGACAGGGGCCACGGAAGGAACUCCAUACACCCAAACGAAUAUGCCAACAGACCCCAGCAGAACCGUUUUCUCUGAGAUCAUCACCUUUAGCGACGAAGAAAGUGAUCCCUCGGAUGACGGGGAGGAAGGCGAUGAAGGCGGGGUGAGUUCAGACGGGGAAUGGAAUCCAACCGAGGACAUCUUGCUCGCUCAAGAGCUCACAAAGGAGUCUGACGAAGAAACCGAAGAUGAAGAAGAAGAGGAGGAGGAGGAGGAGGAAGAUUUUGAUUCCCCGGGUGGCCUCAAAAUUAAUGAGCUCUGCAUAGAGUGUGGACGUUUUUUCAGUAUUCUGAAGCCUCACACGUGCGAGCACAAAGUAAAGCCCUAUUCCUGCAACAUUUGUGGCAAACGAUGUGUCACCGAGAUCUCUCUAAAAACUCACAGCAGAAUCCACGAUGAAACCUACGAGCAUCCGUGCAAAUACUGCCACGUUACCUUCAAAACAAGGGUGGACAAACUUAAACACGAGCAGACGCAUAAAGAUAACAAAGAUCCCUAUAAAUGUCCAGACUGUCCGGAGACAUUCGCCACCAGUAAAGAACGAAGACUCCACCUGUCAAAUCACAGAAAGCCGAAGGAGUUCAGAUGUGGAGUUUGUGGGAUUGAGUUCAAGGACGUGCAUCAUCUUCGGAGACACUCUGUAGUGCACACGGGUUUGAAACCGUACAAGUGCUCAGUGUGCCAGCGUGGCUUCAACCAGACGAACCACCUGAAGUCCCACAUGCGUCUGCACACGGGAGAGAGGCCUUACAAGUGUCAGCAUUGUGAGCGUAGCUUCAAUCACAACGUGAGCUUGAAGAGUCACGUCCAGCGUUACCACUCGUCGGGCUCUGGACGCGGCCGGAAGAAGGAAAAGAUCAAGGAAAGGGCGAACGACACUAGUGAUGCCGAGGACGACGGGAAGAAGAAGGGCACAGACUCUGAGUUCGACAAUGUAGAAGAAGAACAAGACACCGAAGAGGAGGUGCAGAAGGAGAGAACCGAUAUACGAAAGAGUAGAAAGAGGUGCACAGGUAGACCCAGAGGAAGGCCGAAGAGGAAUGCAGAAGGCGACUUUGUUCUGGAAGGGGAAAAAAAGGGCCCGCGUUCGAACAAUAAAACUGGAAAAUCAAAGGCGCAGAGGUCAAAGAAAACAGGUUCUAGCGAUGAGAUAAGUGAGGACGAGCAAUCAGACAGCGACUUAUCCUUUGACUCUGGGGAAGAGGAAGAAGAAGAGAAGGAGAAAGCGAGGAAGAGCACGGCAAGAUCAAGAGGAAGACCAAAAAAUGACAGUGACACUGAUUUCGACCCAGAGGAAGAAACCAAGAAGAAAAGGUACAGCAGCCACAGUGGUAAGAGCUCGGCGAGAGGCCGGGGCAAACCAAAGAAGAAUGUAGCAGUGUGAAAAACCUUCAAACACACAGCUGAAGGAUUGAUUUGGUGUGAGCGAUGGUGAAAAGAAAGAAGCCAUUAAGAUCAGAGGCCCACAGAGAACUGGACUGAUAUCUCUUGAGUAGAUAAAUAAAAACAAAACAUCCGCGCAGGCCGGUCUCUCUGAAUUAAAUUGUCUUUUACUCUAAAGACUUUAAUACUUUUAAACCUGUUAGCUGAACAUGGACUUAUGUUAAGUCUCGAGUUCCUUUCAAGAAAAAAAAGUUGUUUUUUGUUCAAAAUCAGUGUGAAGAGAAGUUAGCUUUCACCAAUGAGACCAGUCCUCUCCAUUAUUUGGUAUCACUGACAGUGAAUGGACAGUAAAUGGACAGUAAAUGGGGUCAGGGUAAAGUUUGGAAAAUAUGUACUCCGCUCAUAUAUUGUAAUAAUAUUGUUUAAAAAAUACCUUUCUACUUACGGCCCUUUGACAGUUUCUUUUCUUAUUUCACUUAAUAACUGUGUAAGUAUUUAGAUUGUUCAUGGUUACAUGUUUUGUUUUAUGAGUAUUACACACAACAAAUCAGACUCAAUCAAUGACGAAGUUCUGUUACACAAUGCCUUCAAAUCUAUAGAAAACAACAUUAUCUCGGUAUUUCCACCUAAUACAUGUAGUAUUGUAGUGUUAAUAAAAAUGUUUGUUCUCCUCUUAAGCCCGAGCUUUAGUGAUAAUCAGUGUGUACUCAUUGUCAGAGAUGAUUUUAAAAGCCCGCACCAGUUGUUUUGUAUUGUUUACUCCAUUCACUACAAAUUGAUGUAGUUUACAUUGCUGCUAAUUCCAUUUUUUAAUUUUCCAUUUUCUUCAGUAUGCUACAAAGUUUGUUAUGGUUCUGUUCUCAUCCAAUAAUUAUACAUUUAUUAAAAUCUUCUUGGAACGUUCGAGGACAAACCGUCGUCUGAGAUGUUUUUGUGCAUCAACAUUUCAAUGCAGCAAACUGAGCCAACCCAGUGUGUUUUCAUGAUUUCAAUGUUGCAUCACAGUUUACCUGUGGUUGUAUAACUGCCUUUUUUUGAGAGUUUGUCAUCUUACCUGACCUGUUAGCUCGUAGAGUAUUCACUGUUAUUCACAUUUCUACUUGAAAAACAUCAAAUCAGACAAACUGGUCCUUAUCCAACUCUAAUGGAGCUGCUGUGGAUUUAGUUUAUUGCUUAGUGCACUUGUUCCUCUACCUUGAAAUUCUUGAAUGUAUGUGUGUAUCUGAGUCCAGAGUUCCCACUUUGAUCAGAAACCAUGAAUGAAUCCCCCCCGCUUACAUGUUUAUCCUCUUUCUGUGUGUGUGCCAGUGCUUAAGCUUGCUUCAAGGCCUGUCACGUAUUUUUGGAGCGUUGCAGAAACUUCUUCUGUUUUGCACUCUGGGAAAGAGUCAGCCUGUUGCUGGGUAACCCCGAGGCUGCUUUGUGGAUUAUCUAGCUGAUGGUUUGCAGAUCUAAACGUGGGCUAAUGUUUGGAGAACUGAAAUAAAAGGAAUUUCUUGAGAUUUUUAAUGAGGUACAAACUCUGGUACUUUACUGUGACAUUUCAGAGCUAUAUUUGAGGAUGAAGUAUGUGUGCACAAGACGUAUAUGAGUCUUUUUAAAGUCUUUUAUUCAACCAGAUGUGUAAAUCAGAUAUCUGAUUCAUACUUUUAUUUAAAGUAUUAAUACAACCCCUCAAUUACACAUCUAGACUAUCGUGCAGUUAGGGUUUUAAUAAAAAUAACAAGACAGAAAGCAAUAUGAGCCUCCUGACUGGUCUUAAUAAUUUUGUCAAUUUGAGAAAUCAGCCACACAAUUAAUUAAUUUGAGCCUUCAUCUUCAUUUUGUCACAUUACACUUUGGCUCCUUUUCCAUCACUGAGGUUUGAAAUCACAGUAAUUGGUUCAGCGUGCAUUAUAGAUUAUUCGGGAAAUUGUAUUUUUCAUUUCUCUUCGCUCUAGUGAUGUGUUUAGGGUGAUUUCCAUCUUGUCUAAAUUAACUAACAAGACAGUACAAUUUAGUAAGAGUGAGACUUCUGAAAUAAUUCAGGUAAAAACUGUAUUCGACUUAUACAGGUGGUUACAAGUUUUUAAAUUAUAAGGUUUUUAGAAAUGUAUAAGAAUCAGUGAGCAUUGCCACAUGUAAUGGCACAACAUUAAAAACCAAAGUAUAACAUCCAUGACUGCAAUGCAAGACAAGAGUUUAUCAUUGGAGAUUCAACAGUUCACAGU